AUGGUCAAUGGCUUCUUCAAGCUCAUCACCCCCUUCAUUGACCCCAUGACCCGCGACAAGCUCAAGUUCAACGAGGACAUGCGCCAGUAUGUGCCCGAGGAGCAGUUGUGGACCGAGUUCAGCAACGGCAAGCUCGAGUUCGAGUACGACCACAGCGUCUACUGGCCCGCCCUAAACCGCAUGUGCAAAGAGAGGCGCGAGGCCCGCACGGCGCGCUGGGUCGCCGGUGGGAAGCAGAUUGGCGAGCUCGAGGACUACCUCGCUGGUGCCGUCCCCAAGGGCGUCGGCGCCCCUGAUGCCGCUGCCGCUGCCGCUACUGCCGCUGCUGCCGCUACUGCCACUGCCGCUGCUGCCGCUACUGCCGAGGCAACGCCCGCUGCGGAAUGA